AUGCCCUACAUUCCCUACCGCCUUGAUGGCAAAGUCGCGCUCGUCACUGGUUCUGGGCGGGGAAUUGGUGCAGCAAUGGCCGUUGAACUUGGCCGCUGCGGUGCAAAGGUUAUCGUCAAUUACGCACACUCUAAAGAAUCGGCCGAGAAGGUUGUAGCUGAGAUCAAAAGCUUGGGUUCCGAUGCCAUCGCCCUGCAGGCCGACAUCAGGAACGUAUCCGAAACAGUCAAACUGAUGGACAACGCUGUCGAGCACUUUGGUGGGCUUGAUAUCGUGUGCAGCAAUGCCGGUGUCGUGAGCUUCGGACAUCUAGGUGAAGUCACAGAGGAGGAAUUCGACCGCGUUUUUGCCAUUAACACACGAGGUCAGUUCUUUGUUGCCCGCGAAGCAUACCGCCAUCUCAACAUCGGCGGCCGCAUCGUCCUCAUGUCGUCCAACACGGCCAAGGAUUUCACUGUGCCCAAGCAUUCACUGUAUUCCGGCUCUAAGGGCGCCAUCGACUCGUUUGUCCGCGUGUUCUCAAAAGACUGCGGCGACAAGAAAAUUACCGUCAAUGCUGUUGCGCCUGGAGGCACCGUGACAGACAUGUUCCAUGAUGUUUCACAACACUACAUGCCAAACGGAGACAAAUAUACGGCGGAGGAGCGCCAACAGAUGGCAGCCCACGCCUCGCCGCUAAUAAUGAACGGCUUCCCGGUUGAUAUCGCGCGUGUGGUGUGUUUCCUGGCAAGCAAGGAGGGUGAGUGGGUGAACGGCAAGACCAUCACGCUUGAUGGCGGUGCGGCUUAG